AUGCCAUUUGGAGAAAUUGUAUGCGGGUCGCCUGGCAGUGGCAAAUCGACCUACUGUUAUGGGAAACAUCAGCUAUUCAGUGCACUAAACCGCCCCAUCUUUGUCGUGAAUCUGGAUCCGGCAAAUGACAACAUCCCAUAUCCAUGCGCAAUCGACAUCUCAUCCCUCAUUACUCUCGAAGAUGUCAUGGCUGAACAUGGGCUAGGGCCCAACGGCGGUAUGCUCUACUGUAUGGAGUAUCUUGAGGCCAACUUCGACUGGCUGGAGGAGCGUUUGAAGGAGCUCGGCAAGGACGCCUACGUGCUCUUCGAUCUUCCAGGUCAAGUUGAGCUUAGCACAAAUCACGAAAGCGUCAAGAACAUCGUGCAAAAGCUCGCGAAACUUGAGUUUCGGCUAGCCGCGGUCCAUUUGUGCGAUGCGCACUAUGUGACGGACGCUUCGAAAUAUGUAUCAGUCUUGAUGUUGUCUCUCCGUGCGAUGCUUCACCUCGAGUUGCCGCACAUCAACGUGCUCUCGAAGGUCGACCUCAUACAACAAUACGGCGACCUUGAUUUUAAUCUCGACUUCUACACCGAAGUGCAGGAUUUGUCGUAUCUGGAGAGCACACUGUCCUCCGUGUCGCCUCGAUUCAAGGCACUGAAUAUGGCAAUAUGCUCAUUGAUUGAGGACUACGGCCUUGUAGGAUUUGAAACGCUUGCUGUGGAGGACAAGGAGUCAAUGCUCCACCUGACACGAGUAAUCGACAAAGCCACAGGAUGCGUGUUCGUGCCACCACCGGAUGCACAACAUCCGCCAGGUACUGUGCAGGCAACCGACGUGCCGGCAUCUCAGCGGCCCAACACACACGCGUUAUUCACGAGUGCUGCCGGACCGAUGCAGGGACCGCGCAGUGAUGUGCGAGAUGUGCAGGAACGAUGGGUUGACGCCAAAGAAGAAUGGGAUGCCUGGGAGAAGACCCAAUGGCGGCAGGAGGGCCAGAUGGUGCAGGAGGCGGCGCGGAAAAGCAAGAUCAGGGAAAGGGGUACCAAGGACAAAACUUAG